CCCUCCCCUCCAGUAGUCGGAGUGCUGUUUUUGUUGUUGGUGAAAGGUGAGGGGAACAGCUGAUCCGUCUGUGGGGGCAUCCGGCAUCUUGAGGACAUCUUAGUGAUGGAGGAGUCAUCACUAAGCCGGGCACCAUCCCGGGGUGGAGUCAGCUUCCUGAACGUGGCCCGGACCUACAUCCCCAACACCAAGGUGGAAUGUCACUACACUCUGCCUCCGGGCACCAUGCCCAGUGCCAGCGACUGGAUUGGCAUUUUUAAGGUGGAAGCUGCCUGUGUUCGGGAUUAUCACACAUUCGUGUGGUCUUCAGUGCCAGAAACUACAACGGAUGGCUCCCCCACCCACGCCAGUGUCCAAUUCCAAGCCAGCUACCUGCCCAAACCAGGAGCCCAACUCUACCAGUUCCGGUAUGUGAACCGCCAGGGCCGGGUGUGUGGGCAGAGCCCCCCAUUCCAGUUCCGAGAGCCAAGGCCCAUGGAUGAGCUGGUGACCCUGGAGGAGGCUGAUGGAGGCUCUGACAUCCUGUUGGUUGUCCCUAAGGCCACCGUGCUUCAGAACCAGCUGGAUGAGAGCCAGCAGGAGCGGAAUGACCUGAUGCAGCUGAAGCUGCAGUUGGAGGAUCAGGUGACAGAGCUGAGGAGCCGAGUGCAGGAGCUGGAAGCAGCUCUGGCCACGGCCAGACAGGAGCACUCAGAGCUCACCGAGCAAUACAAGGGUCUCUCCCGGUCCCACGGGGAGCUCUCAGAAGAAAGAGACAUCCUGAGCCAGCAACAGGGAGAGCAUGUGGCCCGUAUCCUGGAGUUAGAGGAUGACAUCCAGACCAUGAGUGACAAAGUGCUGAUGAAGGAGGUGGAGCUGGACAGGGUUAGAGACAUGGUGAAGGCCCUGACACGGGAACAAGAGAAGCUCCUGGGGCAGCUGAAGGAAUUCCAGGCAGACAAGGAGCAGAGUGAGGCUGAGUUACAAACGGUGCGAGAGGAGAACUGCCGCUUAAAUACAGAGCUGCAGGAGGCCAAGGGCCGGCACGAAGAGCAAGGUGCUCAGGUCCAGCGACUGAAGGACAAGGUGGCCCACAUGAAGGACACCCUGGGCCAAACCCAGCAGAAAGUGGCCGAGCUGGAGCCUCUGAAAGAGCAGCUCCGAGGGGUCCAGGAACUUGCAGCCUCAAGCCAACAGAAAGCGGCCCUUCUUGGGGAGGAGUUGGCCAGUGCAGCAGGAGCUAGAGACCGAACCAUAGCUGAGCUACACCGCAGCCGACUGGAGGUGGCUGAAGUCAAUGGCCGACUGGCUGAGCUCAGCCUGCACAUGAAGGAGGAAAAGUGCCAAUGGAGCAAGGAGCGGACAGGGCUGCUGCAGAGCAUGGAGGCUGAGAAGGAUAAGAUCCUGAAGCUAAGUGCAGAGAUCCUCCGACUGGAGAAGACAGUGCAGGAGGAGAGGAGCCAGAGCCACAUGUUCAAGACCGAGCUGGCCCGAGAAAAGGAUUCCAGCCUGGUGCAGUUAUCAGAGAGUAAGCGGGAGCUCACAGAGCUGCGGUCAGCCCUCCGAGUACUUCAGAAGGAGAAGGAGCAGUUGCAGACAGAGAAACAGGAGCUGCUGGAGUACAUGAGGAAACUGGAGGCCCGCCUGGAAAAGGUGGCGGAUGAGAAGUGGAACGAAGACGCUGCCACAGAGGAUGAGGAAGCCACUGCGGGGCUGAGCUGCCCUGCAGCUCUGACAGACUCGGAGGAUGAGUCCCCAGAAGACAUGAGGCUCCCCUCCUACGGCUUGUGUGAGCGUGGAAACACAAGCUCCUCUCCUCCUGGACCUCGGGAGUCUUCUUCUCUUGUUGUCAUCAACCAGCCAGCACCCAUUGCUCCCCAGCUCUCAGGGCCAGGGGAGGCCAGCAGCUCAGACUCAGAGGCUGAAGAUGAGAAGUCAGUCUUGAUGGCAGCUGUGCAGAGUGGUGGUGAGGAAGCCAACCUUCUGCUUCCUGAGCUCGGCAGUACCUUCUAUGAUGUGGCCAGUGGCUUUGCAGUGAGUUCUCUGUCAGAGGCCAGCACUGGGGUCCCAGCCAUCCCUGCCUGGAAGGAGUGUCCUAUCUGUAAGGAGCGCUUCCCUGCUGAGAGUGACAAGGAUGCCCUGGAGGACCACAUGGAUGGACAUUUCUUUUUCAGCACCCAGGACCCUUUCACCUUUGAGUGAUCUCACCCUUCCCUCGUAUGUAGACACGCGCACACACACACAGUUAUGCAGUUGGUCUCAUACCUUUUUUUUUUUAAUCACACUGGGCUUUAUAACGUUCUGUUUCUACAGACCAUGCCUGCAUCCCGCUUUCAUCCCAAGCCUUACAACUCUGUCUCCAUCCUGAUCUCUUUGUUCCAGGCAGCAAUCUGUCUUGGAAACCCAGUGACUGAGUUUACUCUCUGAAAAAUAGUUCAGAGGAGCCGGGAUGGAGAUGGCUUUUCCCUUGUGGGAGUAGAAUUAUUUACUGAUAGCUCAAGUGUGUACACACACACACACACACACACACACACACACACCCCACUCCUUCUGAUGCCCCAAAGCCAACUCCUGGGGUACCCUCCCCUCUCUUGUUCAGACUUUGUUUAUUAUUCAAGUUUUCUCGGGGGCCUGCAUGGAGGCAGCAGCAUGGGCUUCAUGACCUCAUCAGGUCUUUCCUGAUGAGGAAAGACCUACCCUGGUUCUUUCUGACUCCUAACUCCAGUCUUUCCCACAACCUUAGGCCAUAAGUUUGAAAGAUUCUUUUGUAUUUUUAAGGGUUCCUAUACCAUCUCCUGCCACCCCACACCGAAGUCCUCAAGCAGAAAAGAAAAUGUAUUUGUGCCUUCUGUGAGGGAUAGGGGGACAAGGGAUCCCAGGUGUCCCCAUUUCCCAGCCCCUCACCCUCUCCAGGCCCCCACAGCAAUAAGAACUUCCUCUCUCCCUUAAACUCCCCUCUUAUUUGUAGUUUGGACAAAUAUAUUUAUAUGAUAUGUGUAA